AUGCCUGCUACUCAUCUAGGCUUGCCGGUUGCCCCGAUGGAGGAUAUCCUUAAGAACAAAUCUGCAGGAAUUCCCUUGAAUCGAAUCGAGGUCGAAGACAUCGGACCAUCUAUCAAAUUCCUCAUGGAAUACCAUGAUCCUCCGGGCACCCCACGGAUCUCCUUAAACUACUACAAACACGAAAAGGGUUGUAACAUCAGAUGGACAAAAACUGGAGCAUCCGGAGAGAAAUUCACCAAGGGCAAGGAUUUUAUGAAGGCGUUUUUGGGGGACUUCAAAAUUUUGGCCACUCCCCCGAUUUUGGCUCUCCGAGAUUUCUAUGUCCGUUUCUCUACCAAAGGAUCCCCGGCGUUCCCCGCGAAUCUUGAAAAUGUGUUCAAGACUACGAAGACCCCGAUUCAUGCGGAUGCCUUAAAAAUCUCCGCUUGCAAUCAUGAGCAAGUCAUGAAAGUCCUGCCAUAUUUCAGUCCAACCCACCUGAAAUUUCUCUGUAUCUCCGCGGAGCACGGGCAAGACAUGGAGCUCAAGAUCGAGGAGCUCGUCGGCAUAGAGCAAUGGAAACAGGCCACACAGAUUGAUAUGAGUUCAGUUGAUCUCUCGGAUUUUCCAGUCCAGCACUUUGAGCAUUUCUCGAGAGCCAAGAUUUGUUAUGGGAAAUUCAAUAUGGGAUCUGUCAACGGAAUUAUACAGAUGUUCCAAUCGGGCACAUCCAUGGAGAAGUUCCUGCAGGUGUAUCCACGCAAGGUGCCAAGUGUCAAGCAGCUCACCGAAUCUUUUGGAGGUGGUCCCAUCAAAACCGUGAAAAAAGAGGACACCUGGUAUUUUGAGAUUCCAGCUAACUCGGAGAGAGUUGUUCAAGUGAAGAGGGAUGAUUAUCACGUGUAUUUUAAGUAUGUGGGAAUGGCGGAGGUGCCAGAAGGAGCAGUUAUUCAUGGUUAG